AUGAGAAUUUUCUCAUCAUCGUACACUUUCGACUACUCUUGGGAAGAGGUCAGCACGAACAACUGGCGGAAAUACUGUCCAUGGAAUGACAAGGCCUCGCACGUUCUGGCGGUCGACACGCUAUCCCGCCACGUCGAUCCCGAGACUGGUAUCCUCCGCACCGAGCGUCUCAUUACGUGCAAGCAGAACGCACCUCAAUGGGUUUUGAAUAUUCUCGGCGGAGAUACAACCAGUCAUGUAUACGAGGUGUCAUACGUCGACCCGGCGGCGAAGAAGGUAACCAUGUGCAGCACCAACAUGACCUGGUCCAACCUGCUGGAGUGUCGAGAAACCGUUGUGUACCAACCCUCCUCACAAGACGCCAACGGAAAGACAGACUUCAAGCAGGCCGCCAAGAUUGUGGCAUUGUGCGGGGGUUGGCAAAAGAUUCGCUCCAAGAUUGAGGAGGUGAGCGUGGAAAGAUUCCGAGAAAAUGCGGCACGGGGACGAGAAGGCUUUGAGACGGUCUUGGAAAUGUCUCGAAGGGCAUUCGGCGAAGAGCGAGAGAAAAUAAACAUGGGGCAACCGGCUACUAUAUAA